GCACGAUGCCCCCGCACUUCAGCAACGGUCUUUGGUUAUUGCCAGCCAAGCGGAGACGGCUGAAAUUAUGAGCGGUCUUCUUCCCUUGAUUCAAAAAGGCACUUCGCAGCAAUGUAUCAGAUCAUCAGGCGCGGCUGCUCUAUUGAGAAGUGUACAUUUCUACCAAGAAGGAGCUGGCGAAAAGGCUCUGCGUCACGUUAGGAAACCUGCCGACAAGCGUAGCAGCUUCUAGCGUAUAGCCCAACAAGACGAGGCUGAGGCAGGGCCCAGGGGCGUGCAGACUAAUGAAUAGAAUGAGACACUAUACUGCUACAGUCACUGAGUGACACUACAACCGCGACCACUUAUUUAAAAAUAAGCAACAGCGGGCGACAUAGUCGAUGGACCUUAUAGGUGAGGCCUCCACUACAUUUGCAAUAGAAUCAAUUGAUUACUACCAGCUUCUUCGUCUAAUUCUAUUUCGGCAAGCAUCACGAGCAGCGAGGAACGCAACGUCAAUACUGAUUCGCCUAAGAUGAGACUGCGUGGCUCUAUGACUUUUCGCCGAAUUGACAAGCAGGACGAGUCGCCCAGCCUGGGAGAUGAUGGGUCGAAGGUAGAGAUGGACAACGACAAGAGCAGCAAGAGGAGCAGCACCAAGUCGCCUAACCUGCGUGGGUCUGCAG